UUCCUGCGUAGCCUCUGCUAUUUCUGUUAAUUCUAUUUGUUUUUUUUAAUUUAUUUUUUCAGACUAAAAAACCAUGAGAAUUUGCUUCUCACGUUCUUCUCGACCCGUAUUCAUUCUCAUCGUCCUCGCCGCCGGCAUUUUCAAGGACGCCGGAUUCAAUCGCUUCGCCGACGGUGGCCAACGAAGAAUCCACAUUACAGAUGAUCUCGACGACGUGGUUGAUGAUGAGGAGGACGAAUCUUGGAAGGAAUGGGGCAAGAAAAAGUCCGCCUCCAGCGAUUUCGACCUCCCGCCGGCCGAUUUAUCGAAUAUGGAGUUUCAGGAGAUUCAGGCUGAGAUGACGAAUCGGCAUUUUGGUCCAACUAUGGGAUUUGUCAAGCUUCGGCUCGGCGUUCGGCGGACUCCGGAUAUGGUGGCUGAGAUUGCUAUGCAAUGGACGAAAGUUCUGAAAACUGGAUCCGUUGAGGCAAAAUUUAUGGCGGUAGACCUUAAUACACUCAUGUUCACAAUGGAGAGAGGACGAGACUUGAAUGAGUUGAAGGAGUUUGUGUUGAGCCAAUCACAAUCAUACGAGAUCAAAAUUGGGGACCAAGUAUUUCGAAGACCUGGAGAUCCUCCUCUAGAAGAAGUCAUUGAGUUGCUCCAAAAAGAGAAGAACAAAGCUGGUGGCACCGGUUCUUCAGAAAAGGCUGAGCCAUUACAUCAGGAACUGUAGAACUAAUAUGGUACCAAUCUGCAACUUGAAACUGAGUUUUUCGGCUUUGUUCAUUUGUUUAUCUUGUGAAUCUCGUGAAUCUCGUGGUAGCUGUCAGUGAUAUAUAAUUAAAUUUAUCUUUAUCUAUCAAUUUAAGUUUUUGAGUCAAUUGGUGAUUUAAUAUGAUAUCAGAGCAGGUUGCUUCAA